AUGCACUUCACAUUACCAGGUUUCAUGUCGUCUCCAGCAAGAAAGGGCGAUAGUCAACGUCCUCGUACAUUGCAACUCUCCAAGUCAUUUUACCAGGAACCAUCAUCUAGUCCCGAUCGCUCAUCGCGACCUCUCAGGGCAAAUACUAUACAGAACGGCACUAUUCCAUCUGUAUCAAUGUCGGACAAAACAACGUUGAGCGAAAAUAGGAGACCUGGGACACAAUCGGAUAUCUUCGAGAAAAGCUCCGAGGAUGAUGAAGAAAAUGGAGGAACGACUGGAGUGUCUGGAAAGUUGCCUGCAGACUUUGAUGAACUUCCUAUAGAGCUUGUGAGCUUGGCAGAUAGUUUCAUUGAUUCUUUAUCGGCGAAGAUCCAUCCUACUCCCCCUUCAAUCGACAAGUUAUCCGGUCUUUUCCAGGAUUUCUAUGCUGUUGCUGCUAAUCAUAUAAACACUCAUAUCUCCGCCUUAUCCUCCAGACAACAUCGCUCAAGCUCUCCGGCCCCGUCAGCCUCAUCAUUAUCUUCAACAGCAAGCAAGAUUAGAGCGAAAGCUGCUUCUAUGAACAAGGAACGUCCCAAAGUAAUAGAAAGAAAGUCAUCUGAGCAGCAGAUGUUAACUAGCGAGGAAAUCAAUGAGCGAAAACGUGCUAGGAAAGCGCUUGAGCAUAAGCGAGUAGCCUUAGAAGAAGCAAUCGAGAGGAGAGUUUGUGAAGGGAUAUAUGAUAGGAUAUGGCGACACAGAAGUUCGCAAGAUGAAGCUCAAGACGAGAAACUUCGAUCAAAAACUGCCGCUUUGUCAGUGGUUGGAAUUGGAUUGGUAGAUUUGGGAGUCGAUUUGGGUAUUGAAUCAAGUGAGGAGCCAGAUGCUGCAGAAAAGCGAGAACUAGAGGUUCGAGAGUGGUUAGAAGGUGCUAGAGGAGAGUUGAUUGCGAUGAAUGACGAAAAGUAUCCUCUUGGGAAACUCAACCAUUUAAAAGCCGCCCACAAAUGUAUCGUUGAUACCUUAUCUCACUUUCAUCCGUCGUCAUCAGCGGACGAGAUUAUGCCUAUGCUUAUUUUUACUCUGAUAACAUCUCGACCAGAAGGCAUUGAUGUUAUAAGCAAUCUUUACUUCAUACAACGAUUCAGAUGCGAAACCAAAAUUGAUGGGGAAGCUGCUUAUUGUCUAACAAAUUUAGAAGCUGCAAUUUCAUUCCUUGAAACCGUAGAUCUUGCAAGUUUGAGGGCAGACGAAAUUCCCUCAGGGCCACUCAAAAUCAGUAGUCGACCGGGCACACCCAAAAUAGAAAAGCCCGAUCCUUUGACAGUUAGUAUUACACCUACAGCUCUAUCGGCUCCAGCGACCUCUUCGGCAAACCCAAGUCCCUCAGUGUCUAAACCUACGCCCUCAUCUUUGUCCUCCUUCCGGCCCACUGUUCAACAGGCAGAUCGAAGGCUCAGUGAUAUUUUUCAGUCACCGGCUGCUUUAGGAGCAGCUGGAGAUGCAUUUUUAGACUCUGCUGAUCAAGGAUUUAAGAGUAUUGGUAAUAGCUUGGGAGAUAGUUAUAAAUUCUUGCUUGGGAAGCUAAAAGAGCGUGACUCCACAGGUCAGGCUCAAGAAAUUUCAAUACCAAAAACCCUGGAUGAUGCUCGAAAACUAAUCAGCACACCUCCACCAGAAGAUGAAGGGUCUGUGAGUGGAGGAAGUACUCCUGAAAGCCCUAGCGUCAAGGAACAGAAGAAUGUGCCUAGCACAGAGUCAAAGCCUGAAGGACGUAGUCGAAGUGAUUCAUCUCAAAGACUCGAUGAUAGAGUCUUGAGCUUCAUUGGUGGUCGCAAAAUUACUCGAGAAAGAAGCACGGAUAGCAAUCGAAGUGGUGGUAGCUCUAGCAAAAGAGUCUCAUUUCUUCAGGAUGAAAACGGAGAGAAAGGCACACCAUCUCCACAAGCUCCAGCCAGCAAUCAGGCCAUUGUUGAAUCGAUGCGAAAUCUUGGUAACUCACUCAAUCCAAUGAACAGGAUUGCUGGUAUGGGUAUGAUGCGUGGAUUUGGACGUGUAACAACUCCUACGACACCUACCCCGACUAAAUCAACAGCACAAGACGGAGGGGUUGCAGAUUUGACUACUACAUUCCCUGAUUUGGUGCCUUCUCUACCAGCGAAAGAGGUACCAAAAAUUGCUCCACCAAAUAAGCGAUUUAUGGAACUUCAGAAUCCAGGAGAUCUAAAAAUUAGCGAGGUAAUGGAGUUAUUAAGAGAUUAUAGAAGGCUAGCGGGAGCUUUGAAAGAUCUUGGGGCUGUUUAG